GGAAAGGCGCUCGGUUCGCGGGCAGACAUCAUCAUGGACGCGGACAUGGCGGAGGCACCGAGCGGGCAGAAGCCGGCGGAGGCCGGGGACCCGUCGUCCCGGAGCUCCUACGAGCUGCCCUGGGUGGAGAAGUACCGGCCGCUGAAGCUCAGCGACAUCGUGGGGAACGAGGAGACCGUGAGCCGCCUGGAGGUGUUCGCCCGGGAGGGAAACGUCCCCAACAUCAUCAUCUCAGGUCCUCCCGGCACAGGAAAGACCACCAGCAUCUUGUGUUUGGCCCGGGCUCUGCUGGGAGCGUCCAUGAAAGACGCUGUUCUGGAGCUGAACGCCUCCAACGACAGGGGGAUCGACGUGGUGAGGAACAAGAUCAAGAUGUUCGCCCAGCAGAAGGUCACGCUGCCUAAAGGUCGACACAAGAUCAUCAUCCUGGAUGAAGCGGACAGCAUGACGGACGGCGCGCAGCAGGCUCUCAGGAGGAUCAUGGAGAUCUACUCGAAGACGACGCGCUUCGCCCUGGCCUGCAACGCCUCCGAUAAGAUCAUCGAGCCCAUCCAGUCGCGCUGCGCCGUGCUGCGCUACGCCAAGCUGUCCGACGCUCAGGUGCUGGCCCGGCUGCAGGACGUGGUCACCCAGGAGCGCCUGAGCGUGUCCGACGACGGGCUGGAGGCCGUCAUCUUCACCGCGCAGGGAGACAUGAGACAGGCGCUCAACAACCUGCAGUCCACGAACUCGGGCUUCGGCUACAUCAACAGCGAGAACGUGUUCAAGGUGUGCGACGAGCCCCACCCCCUGCUGGUGAAAAGCAUGCUGGGACACUGCGUGGGCGGGGACGUGGACCAGGCCUACAAGGUGCUGGAGCACCUGUGGGCUCUGGGCUACUCUCCAGAGGACAUCAUCGGGAACAUCUUCAGGGUCUGCAAGACCUACCAGAUGGCCGAGUACCUGAAGCUGGAGUUCAUCAAGGAGAUCGGUUUCACUCACAUGCGGGUGGCGGAGGGGGUGAACUCCCUGCUGCAGAUGGCCGGUCUGCUGGGCCGUCUCUGCAGUAAGUCGGCUCCGCCCACCGCCAGCUGAGGACCUGCACACCACCUGGUUCUGAUCCGGACGCUGAGAGAGAAACUGUGCUGCGCCUGCGGGAGCGUCGGGAACUCCACGAGCUGCAAACCGAAAAGUUCUGGUUCUGUUUGUGUAAAUAAAUAAAAACGUUAAACUUC